AGCCCGGCGCCUCCCCGCCCCCUCCCCGCGCCCCGCGGCGGCGGCGGCGGCGGCAGCAACAUGGCUGUUGACGGGUGCUCGGGGUGGCGCUGGCGGCGGGAGGAGCUCCCCCGAGCCCCUGCGCCGGCCGCCCGUUGCUAGCUAUGGCAAAUGGUGGCGGCGGCGGCGGCGGCAGCAGCGGCGGCGGCGGCGGCGGCGGCGGCGGAGGCAGCGGUCUUAGAAUGAGCAGCAAUAUCCACGCGAGCCAUCUCAGCCUAGACGCGUCCUCCUCCUCCUCCUCUUCCUCCUCCUCUUCUUCCUCCUCCUCCUCUUCCUCCUCGUCCUCGGUCCACGAGCCCAAGAUGGAUGCGCUCAUCAUCCCGGUGACCAUGGAGGUGCCGUGCGACAGCCGGGGCCAGCGCAUGUGGUGGGCUUUCCUGGCCUCCUCCAUGGUGACUUUCUUCGGGGGCCUCUUCAUCAUCUUGCUCUGGCGGACGCUCAAGUACCUGUGGACCGUCUGCUGCCACUGCGGGGGCAAGGCGAAGGAGGCCCAGAAGAUUAACAAUGGCUCGAGUCAGGCGGACGGCACCCUCAAGCCAGUGGACGAGAAAGAGGAGGCGGUGGCGGCCGAGGUCGGCUGGAUGACCUCCGUGAAGGACUGGGCGGGAGUGAUGAUAUCCGCCCAGACGCUGACUGGCAGAGUCCUGGUUGUCUUAGUCUUUGCUCUCAGCAUUGGUGCACUUGUAAUAUACUUCAUAGAUUCGUCCAACCCGAUAGAAUCCUGCCAGAAUUUCUACAAAGAUUUCACAUUACAGAUCGACAUGGCUUUCAACGUGUUCUUCCUUCUCUACUUUGGCUUGCGGUUUAUUGCAGCCAACGAUAAGCUGUGGUUCUGGCUGGAAGUGAACUCUGUAGUAGAUUUCUUCACAGUCCCCCCAGUGUUUGUGUCUGUGUACUUAAACAGAAGUUGGCUCGGUUUGAGGUUCCUAAGAGCUCUCCGACUGAUACAGUUUUCAGAAAUUUUGCAGUUUCUGAAUAUUCUUAAAACAAGUAAUUCCAUCAAGCUGGUGAAUCUGCUGUCCAUCUUUAUCAGCACGUGGCUAACUGCGGCCGGGUUCAUCCACUUGGUGGAGAAUUCAGGGGACCCAUGGGAAAAUUUCCAGAACAACCAGGCUCUCACGUACUGGGAAUGUGUCUAUUUACUCAUGGUCACCAUGUCCACAGUUGGUUACGGGGACGUUUAUGCCAAAACCACGCUUGGGCGCCUCUUCAUGGUCUUCUUCAUCCUCGGGGGACUGGCCAUGUUUGCCAGCUACGUCCCUGAAAUCAUAGAGCUAAUAGGAAACCGCAAGAAAUACGGGGGCUCCUAUAGCGCCGUUAGUGGAAGAAAGCACAUUGUGGUCUGUGGACAUAUCACUCUGGAGAGUGUUUCCAACUUCCUGAAGGACUUUCUACACAAGGACCGGGACGAUGUCAAUGUGGAGAUCGUCUUUCUUCACAACAUUUCCCCUAACCUGGAGCUGGAAGCUCUGUUCAAAAGACAUUUUACUCAGGUGGAAUUUUAUCAGGGUUCAGUCCUCAAUCCACAUGAUCUUGCACGAGUCAAGAUAGAGUCAGCAGAUGCGUGCCUGAUCCUUGCCAACAAGUACUGCGCCGACCCCGACGCUGAAGACGCCUCCAACAUCAUGAGAGUCAUCUCCAUAAAGAACUACCAUCCGAAGAUACGGAUCAUCACCCAGAUGCUGCAGUACCACAAUAAGGCCCAUCUGCUAAACAUCCCAAGCUGGAAUUGGAAAGAGGGUGAUGACGCAAUCUGCCUUGCAGAGCUGAAGUUGGGUUUCAUAGCCCAGAGCUGCCUGGCCCAAGGCCUCUCCACGAUGCUCGCCAAUCUCUUCUCCAUGAGGUCGUUCAUAAAGAUCGAGGAAGACACGUGGCAGAAGUAUUACUUGGAAGGAGUCUCAAAUGAAAUGUACACAGAGUAUCUGUCCAGUGCCUUCGUGGGUCUGUCCUUCCCUACUGUUUGUGAGCUGUGUUUUGUGAAGCUCAAGCUCCUUAUGAUAGCCAUUGAGUACAAGUCUGCCAACCGAGAGAGCCGUAUAUUAAUUAACCCUGGAAAUCAUCUUAAGAUCCAAGAAGGCACGUUAGGAUUUUUCAUCGCAAGUGAUGCCAAAGAAGUUAAAAGGGCAUUUUUUUACUGCAAGGCCUGUCAUGAUGACAUCACAGAUCCCAAAAGAAUAAAAAAAUGCGGCUGCAAACGGCUCAAGCAUGGAGCUAGAUCACGCUAUCCCAAAGACCCAUUUGAGUGCAAGAACACAACUCCCAAUUCUCAGCUUGUGAGCGAGCCAGUUGAAGAUGAGCAGCCGUCAACGCUGUCACCCAAAAAAAAGCAGCGGAACGGAGGCAUGAGGAACUCACCCAACUCCUCGCCCAAGUUGAUGAGACACGACCCCUUGUUAAUUCCUGGCAAUGAUCAGAUUGACAACAUGGACUCCAACGUGAAGAAGUAUGACUCCACGGGGAUGUUCCAUUGGUGUGCACCCAAGGAGAUAGAGAAAGUCAUCCUGACGCGGAGCGAAGCCGCCAUGACUGUCCUCAGUGGCCACGUGGUGGUCUGCAUCUUCGGCGACGUCAGCUCAGCCCUGAUUGGUCUCCGGAACCUGGUGAUGCCGCUCCGUGCCAGCAACUUCCAUUACCACGAGCUCAAGCACAUUGUGUUUGUGGGCUCCAUCGAGUACCUCAAGCGGGAAUGGGAGACGCUUCAUAACUUCCCCAAAGUGUCCAUAUUGCCUGGUACGCCAUUAAGUCGGGCUGAUUUAAGGGCUGUCAACAUCAACCUCUGUGACAUGUGCGUUAUCCUGUCAGCCAAUCAGAAUAAUAUUGAUGAUACUUCGCUGCAGGACAAGGAAUGCAUCUUGGCGUCACUCAACAUCAAAUCUAUGCAGUUUGAUGACAGCAUCGGGGUCUUGCAGGCGAAUUCCCAAGGAUUCACACCUCCGGGAAUGGACAGAUCCUCUCCAGAUAACAGCCCCGUGCACGGGAUGCUACGCCAGCCGUCCAUCACGACUGGGGUCAACAUCCCCAUCAUCACAGAACUAGCUAAACCGGGCAAGUUGCCUUUGGUAUCAGUCAAUCAGGAAAAAAUCAGUGGGACGCACAUUCUAAUGAUAACUGAACUGGUGAACGACACCAAUGUUCAGUUUUUGGACCAAGACGAUGACGACGACCCCGACACAGAACUGUACCUCACACAGCCCUUUGCCUGUGGGACAGCCUUUGCCGUCAGCGUCCUGGAUUCACUCAUGAGUGCGACGUACUUCAACGACAAUAUCCUCACCCUGAUACGGACCCUGGUGACCGGAGGGGCCACGCCGGAGCUGGAGGCUCUAAUCGCCGAGGAGAACGCGCUUCGAGGGGGCUACAGCACCCCCCAGACGCUGGCCAACAGGGACCGCUGCCGCGUGGCCCAGUUAGCGCUGCUGGACGGGCCCUUCGCGGACUUAGGGGACGGCGGUUGUUAUGGUGACCUGUUCUGCAAAGCUCUGAAAACCUAUAAUAUGCUUUGUUUUGGAAUUUACCGGCUGAGAGAUGCCCACCUUAGCACCCCCAGCCAGUGCACAAAGAGGUAUGUCAUCACCAACCCCCCCUACGAGUUUGAGCUCGUGCCGACGGACCUGAUCUUCUGCUUAAUGCAGUUUGACCACAACGCCGGCCAGUCCCGGGCCAGCCUGUCGCAUUCCUCGCACUCGUCACAGUCCUCCAGCAAGAAGAGUUCCUCCGUGCACUCCAUCCCGUCCACAGCAAACCGGCAGAACCGACCCAAGUCCAGGGAGUCGCGGGACAAACAGAAUGCAACAAGGAUGAAUAGGAUGGGCCAAGCAGAAAAGAAAUGGUUUACAGAUGAGCCGGAUAAUGCCUAUCCCAGAAACAUUCAAAUCAAGCCCAUGAGUACUCACAUGGCUAACCAGAUCAACCAAUAUAAAUCCACAAGCAGCUUGAUUCCACCAAUCAGAGAAGUUGAAGAUGAAUGUUGAUUCCCAGGAGACCAGAACUAUUUUUUUAAAGCCUGACAAACUUCAUAAUGGUGACGUGACUUUUCUUCCUCUUACAUCCUGAAUCACUGGUGGAAACGUUAGGAUAAGCAAGAAUUGCAAGAAAAUAAAAUAGACAGAUCUUUCUCGUGGUCGGCCUUGAAUAUUGCUUCCAUGUACUUUGGAAACGAAAAUGAUUUCAUUUAUAAAUGAACACACUAAAAUAGUCAUGUAUAGCCUCUAGCAUUUUAAAUUAUUUUUAUUUAUUAGAAAGAAAAUAUAUUUUUCUUUUUCUCAUUGUCAAAUAUCUGCCCUAUAUCUACACAAUGCAAAAUCAAAAUGAGUCAAGUGGCCAGACUCCUUAACACAUAUUUCUCUUCUUUCUCUCUUUUUCUUUGAGGAGAAUGAUGGUCACAUCACCACAGUUAAUUGUAAAUUAAGGGAAAUGGAAUAUUAACUUUAAAAUGGCCAACGAUGUAUACAUGUAUUUUAGUAAAGCCAAAAAGAUAGAAAACAAACAAACAAACAAACACAACAACCACAAGAAGACAAAAGGGGGCAACUGACUACCUGCUUCGUUCCUGGAUGGGUGUGUAUUUUGAUCAGCAUUGACACCAGCUCUUAAUAAAUGGAAAACUUAUUUAUUUUCACAGUUGAAAGUCAUAUUUUUGUAGUUUUAGUUUCCAUUCUGUAUUUCUCAUCCCUUGGCUCAUAUCUUUUAAGGGAAGACCUUCUUGCUGCUUUACUAUGACUGCCAGGUGAGGUUUACCUGGCCAACUCAUGCUGCCAGGAAGGUUGUGGGCACCCCUGGGGUGAGGAAGUUGAUGACCAGAUAGACUCAUGCCAUGUGUCUAUUGGUGGGGACUCCUACAUGCUGUGAUGCUUCUUAUUUCAUAUAACCAACACACCAGAAGGAAUUUCAACUUUGGAGGGUCUGGUGGACUUUUCCCCCACUCCUCAAUUCUCAGAGCUUGCAGUCUGAAAAUUUGUAAUCAUCAAUGAAUUGUUUUAAUAAUAGGAUAUGAGAAUGCAUUCAUUCUUCUUACUAUGUUUUUGUUUAAAUGCCAGAGAAUUGCCAGGAUCAAGGAGACAACUUUAGCCCAGAUUUUAUUUUGUAGACUUUAUUUUGUUGCUGGAACAAAAUACACAAAGUUGCUACAAUAAUUAAAAAUUAAUCUUAAUGAAAAAGGAAAGCAACAAACGUACUUCACACAGACUGUUAGAACAGGCCUUUGAAAAUUACCAGCAGUGAAAUCAAACGUAUCAACCACUUCAAAUUGUGGCCAAAAGAUUAUUGUAGCCAUCAGAGACAAUUAUGGCUCAGAGUUCUGCUGUCACUUGCAUGCUCAGUAUACAGUCACCCAACAACCAUUUUGUUCCGAAUGACUUAGCAAGUCUUUCAACUUCAAAAUGAUCAAUCUUUGAUACGAUCGUCAGGGUCUCUGGAGAAGCAUGAAUGUGAUUGUGAUUUUUAUUUUCUUAAAAAUUUUAACUGUGGACACUUAAAGAACCAAGCUAACCAAAGUAUCCCACAAAGUCCAGUGAUGACUACUGCGUUAACACCUUAGGCCAUGGCCCUGUGGUGCCUAGUUCUGGUAGUACAAAUCAGAUCAGAGCAGAGCAGUGUGAUCACCAUGCAAACAUGUCCACUCAGUACUCCAAUUACCAAUGUAGGCAAAACGAGCUUCCACUGCUCUCCACUCCCUGCAGAGCCAAUGUAGCUGUGCUUCCACCUCAUAGGCAUUGUCCUGCAGUGACUCGUCGGACUGUGGUUUCUCUGUCGUCAAAUUUUGUAGACUUAGUUCUAUAAAAGUACUGUGAAUAUAAUGUAUGUCCAAUUGGAUUGUUUAAAAACUACUUAUAAUUAACCACUAGUCUACUCUGCAGAUGAAAAUGAUGUCAACGGUCUAUAUUCAGACUUAUAAACAUCUCUUGGUUUCUAACAGAAGUCAAACGUGUUUGUGGGAAGAACUCUGCUAGGAUUUGGAUGACUUUCCUGAGAGCUGGGCCUUCCUUUUGCAUACUGAUUUUGCAUUGGGCUCACCUUAGUCCAUUCACGUCAAUCCACGCUCUUUUUCCCUUCAUGAACCAUAGUGGGCUCCUUCUUCACUUCUGUUCCUCACAACUACCUUGUGAAUUUGUCACAGCUAUUUGGUCUCCCCUUGCAGGUGAUGGUGGCCACCAAAGGAUCUUCCAUUACAGGAACACAGCACAGUUCUCCAUGUCCCCCACCUUGUCCUCCCUCUGUUGUCUUCAAACCAAGGCAGUCCAGAAGUAGAAGUACGAACUACGGCUAGAUAUUUGAGCCUAAUUUUUUAAAAAAAAUCAUAAUGGUUAAGAUGUUUUCCCACAGCACCCCAACAACCCAAAUUGGUAGAAACACAUUUAUGCUUGGUAGAGCAUUUUUCUGUCAAAGUAGAGCAACGCAUUCAUGCUUGCCUUUGUAACAAUGAAUUGUUCUGGACCAGGGAACAAGAUCAGGCUUUUUUUUUUUUAAAGAUAAAUAAAAUGAUGAUGGCCCCUUUGGCGAAAAUUGGUGCUGGGUAAAUUAACAGUGAACUGGAAAAGGGAGAAGAUUUGUAAGGCUACUGGAGGAUUCAAGGGAGUAUAAGAGCUUCCUUAUUUGUUUCUAUUUGUUCAGUUCUUUGCCUCUAGGUCCCUCUCCAGCUCAGCUGUAAAAGACUUUUGCCACUUCCAUCUGGUCUGAACCAAUGAUGAUCUUCUUUGGAAUAGUCCCUCUUAUGAGACUGUGGUCUCCCCUUCAAGUUUAGAGUUCCAGAAAACCUGUUUUCUGAAACUGAUGACUCUUGGGUGCUUUGGGAAUCACUCACCAAUGAACUGUUGAAAAAGCAGAAAGUAUCUCUUUACAACUGUAGCACCACCAUCUUCACCUUUCUCAUUGAGAUAAAAACUUAUUUUUGUCUAAAUAUUUGAAUAAUUUAGAAUAUCGCCUCUAGCCAAUAUAAAACACCUUAAAUAAAAGUGCUUGAGACUAAGAUACGUUGGAAAACACUCAAGCUCUUGAAUUCUAAGGAUAAUGACAUCUUAUAAUGCACUUUGGGGAGAUCUUUAUCAAUGACAUUAAAUGAACAGACAAUCAGAACCAUUUGAUUAGGUUUGGAAAGGGGGAAAAGGAAAAAGCCUAAGAAACUUGGGGAUACUUUCAUGUUGAAAGGAGAAAAGAGUUCAAGUUCACUACUUCUGGUUUGACAUGGGGGUUUGAGACCCAUAUCUGCAGCAAACUAGCUAUAAGCUUUGAAAACUCUCUCUGCAUGUCCCAAAUUUCAGAGGGGAGAGUCACUGAGACGGCUCCCAGGUGCUUCCAGAUCCGAGAGGGUGUGAUCUACGUGAGGGAUGGAAACCUGCCUGGCUGCCUCUCCUUGGCCAAGCCCUUGGAGACCACACUGCCUAGGGCUGAAAUAAUGGUCAUUCUUGCUGUAUCACCCAAGCCAUACUUCUGACCUUAAGAUUGUGUACAAUUGCUCUGCACAUGGUGUGCUUAGGUUCACUGUUGCAUUUUCACUUUGGAGUCUCCUUAGGUCCAACAUGCAGAUAUUUCUAGAUCAACAUACCCAAAUCACAUAGACCAGAUUUUUCCAUUUCUGAGUAGUUUCUUCACAAUAUGAUUCCCGCCUGCUCUUUUCCUUGGUUUAAGGUCAGGGUUGAGUUAAGCCCUUCAUCUUAACUCCAAGAGUUAACUCUUACAACAAGAGGCUCAAGAUGCCCAAAUUUCUCCUGUUUUCCCCAUUUUGUUUCCUAGUUUGGAUCUUGGAUUCCAGAAGUAAGCAACCUUAAAUUUUCACUUCAUUCCAUUAUUUGUGUGUGUUUAGCUUUUCAUUAAUAUACUAACCAUCUCUUUGCUACUUACAUUCACAUAUGUAAUUUGAAUCUAUCAUUUUUCAUUGUGAAAGAAAACCUGAUGGAAGGGACUGAUGAAGGAGGAAAGGCAGAAAGGAAGAAAGAGAGGACUGGAGGGAGAGAAUGAGGAGGAGGGAAGAAGACAGGAAGGUAGGCGGGGAAAAACGGAGGAAGGAGGAGAGGCAAAAAUCAACACAGUGACUAGCAGGUGAGCCAUCUUGGCUUCUGAGAGCCCAAGCAAAUCUAUUCAACUUGGACACUGAGUUCCAGGGCAGACCCUGUCCUGUUUCUGUCCCAUUCCUGUUUGCCGCUUCGGGAACACUGGUAACACUACCAACCACUCUGGCCCUCCAAAGGGUUUUCACUCAUUAGCUCUUGACCCAGCCUCUUUCAAAAAAGCAAACGGGACCGAGAAUUCACUUAUAGCCUUUCUCCCCUCUCCUGUUUACCUCGUAUUCCCAAAGAGCAAUAUCCCCCCUGUCCAGCAGAGAUGACGUAGCAUUCACAUCCCUUGGUCAUUCAACGAGGUGGUGAAGCCCUUUGGAUUUGUUUCUGAGCAAGUAGGCCCCACUGAUGGUUUCCAGCCAGCGUGUACCUGUGUGGCCAUAUUGGAUGUUUCAGCAGUCUGUUUUGACUGGUUGCUGCCCAUGCAGUACUAAUUGUUAGUAAUUUGCAUAUUUGCAUAGAAGUAAGACAGUUCAUAAAUGUUUUUAAUUUCAUUUCUAAAGAGACUCUGUAGCCAAAUUUUCCACUCCUGUAGGAGGCAUUCUUAAAACACAGACAGACGGGAGUCCAUGUGUCUCUGGGCAGGAGUCCUCCUUAGCCCCACCGUGUUUGGUAGCUCCAUGAUGUCAUGGCCUUCCCAGGUGGACUGAAGGAAUUCCAGCUGGACUGUCUGUUCCGGGCCUUUCUCUGUAUUUUUUAAUUAGGAAAAUGGGCCUGAGAAUGCCCCUAAAAACAAGCCCCUGACCCCAGCUUCCUGCAGAUGCAGACCCUGGGAGGCAGCAGUAGUGGCUCGGGGCAUUGGGUUCCUGCUCAAGUAACUGAAAGACUUGGACUGAGUUCCCGGCUCCGGCCGGGGCCACUGCGGGUGCUGGGGGAGUGUAUCGGCGGGUGGGGAAGCUCUUUCUUUCUCUUCCCCCUCACUCACUCUUACUCUACAUUUCUCUUUGCCUCUCAAAUACAUAAAAAUAUUAAAAUUAGAAGCUUUCUAAAAACAAAUAAGAAUAAGCCAGACUUGGGACAUAUAUUAAGGAACUGAGAAGAAAACAAAAUGUUAAAAGCGGCAUUUAGAAAAACACUUUAUUUAUUUGGUGAGAGGGAGGGAUGGUGGGGGCAGAGAGAGAGAGAAGAACAUCCAUCUGCUGGUCUACUCCCCAGAUGCCCUCAACAGCCAGGACCACGUUAGGCUGAAGCCAAGAGCUGGAAACUCAGUCCAGAUCUCUCACUCGGGUGGCAGGAACCUAACUGCUUGAGCCAUCCCUGCUACCUCCCGGGGUUGGCACUGGUGGGAAGCUGGAGCCAGGAGUUUCAGCUGGGCCUCCCUCUCAGCCACUCUAAUGUGGGACACACAGGCAUCUCAGCCACCAUCCUGAAUGCCUGCUCCCCUAAGCAGCAGCUUAAGAAAUGUGAGCCAAGGGCAUGCUGUUUGUGGUGCCAAGAGCUAGAGUGGGGGGAAAAAGGUGUUGUAUUGAAUUGCAUAGUUUGGGAAGAAUGCAGAGCAAAGUAAUGCUUGAUGGACUUUGGAGAUAUUUCAAUAGGAAAUGAGUGGCUAGACAGGAGAGAGGUGGAACACGAGGAGUUUCUAGGAUGAAAGGGCUUCAGUGGGCCGUGACACAUUGGUAGGAAUGUGAUUUCAAUAAAUAGACCAUUUGCCCAUGGUGAUAAUUUUAUGUAGGGGAGCUGAGGAAAACUAAGACGAGACUACUUAGAAAGGGCUGAAGAGUAGGUAGUCUACAGGGCAAGCUAAGGAGUUGAAAGUCAAUGCAGAAAGACACAGGCAACCACGACAAGUUUGAAGCCGAGAGGGAUGGGCCGCACUGCCCGUGCACUGUUGAGUGUGACCAUGGCUGGGAGUCCUCACGGGACUGAACACAGUGCUGAACGCUGGGGUGCCGCACUGAGCCAGCAGCUCACCCUGGAGUUCCUCUCUCCCCGACGCACUUUGCAUUCAGAUAUAAGGCACCGCUGCUCCGCUGACUUGCCAGAUCAUCAGUAACAGGCUCACAUGUAGAUUCGAGGGGAGGAUAGAUAUUCUGAUGUUUUCAAAGUUUACUGAUUGUUCUACCUUACAGAUCUGGCUAUAACAAAAGCAUGAGGCAGGCCAUCGGCAGAUUGUACAGAGUAACCCAUAUCUCAGAACACCAGAUGAGGGUCCCCAUUAUUAAAACCUCCUGCAAGGUUAUCAGGCGACUACUGCUUAGGAGCCAGUCAACAGUCAGUCAAUAUUUAUAAAAGGAGUGGAAAUGGGCAAAGGGAUGAAGAUUCUAAAGGCAUUGCUAUCAGUCAGCAUAUAGCUCAACUAAGAAGAGAAACACACACUCGAAAAACCACUAGGGGAUGGCGCCGCAGCUCACUAGGCUAAUCCUCCACCUGCGGCGCUGGCACCCCAGGUUCUAGUCCCGUUUGGGGCGCCAGUUCUGUCCCGGUUGCUCCUCUUCUAGUCCAGCUCUCUGCUGUGGCCCGGGAAGGCAGUGGAGGAUGGCCCAAGUGCUUGGGCCCUGCACCCACAUGGUAGACCAGGAGGAAGCACCUGGCUCCUGGCUUCAGAUCGGCGCAGCGCCGGCCCUGGCAGCCAUUUGGGGGGUGAACCAAUGGAAGGAAGACCUUUCUCUCUGUCUCUCUCUCUCACUAACUCUGCCUGUCAAAAAAAAAAAAAAAAACAAAAAACAAAAAACAAAAAACAAAAAAAAAAAAACUAGGGAAAGAGGCAGCA